AUGAGCGGAGCAUUGAGUGAAUUUUUCAAAAAAGCAAGUAAUGCAUUGAAUGAAAUUCGAGGUUUGAAAGUUUUAUAGCCAUUGUCGAUUUUUAUUUGUUUUUUGCAGGCGUUAACUCGUUUUUUCUUGGUAGAGAUGGGGAUGUUGUGUACUCGAAGAAUAAUGUGUGUGUUCACGAAUCUAGUGCAAAUUUAGUAAGUUAUUGUUGUUGUUGCUAAUUGUCUAGAGGUGUUUUUCUUCUUGGAUUUUUGAACUGUGUACUUUGCAAGAAAAAAGCAGGUGGAAAAAUAUCAGGGGCUCGAGAGUUUGAGUUUGGUGUACUGUAGUUUCAAAAAAGUAGGUAACAAAAGAUCAGCAAUUUUUGAAAGAUAUAAUUGAAUUCAUAAUUAUUCUGAACAUUUCAAUAAUUAUGCAAUGUGAAAUCCCUAAGGACGCCGGGAACAUUUGAAAAUACCACUUUUCAGCAGUUGUAUACAUAGUUUCCACAGAAACUGCGAUCAUAAAUUCUGGCAGUAAAAGUAGAAAAUUUUUGAUUUUCUGAAAAUGAAAUAAAAAAAUAGAGAAUUGUAAUUUUUGUAAAUAAAAUUCCGCACAAUCCAAUUUUUUUCCAUAUUUCUAGGGCGAAGAUGAAGCACAUUGUCCCGGCUAUCUCACAGUUCAUUGUCAAUGCGAUGAAACAAUUGGCCUAACACUCAUUCUUCAAUGGUUACCAAAUCUAACACUUCAGAAAAAUCCGGCAAGGUUAGUGUUAUUUGAUUCACAUCAGAUCAGCCGGAUUAAUCUUUGUUUUCAGUAUUCGAAGUGUGUCACCAAGGGGUAAACAAAAUCGAGAUGAAUCAACAUCGCCGUGCACGGAAAAUGAUGAUUCGUCAAGAGAUCAGCUGAAUCAGAAGAAUAAUAAUGAGAUCAGUAUUGCCACGACUAAUUCGGAUGAUGAGAGUGUAUGUUUUUUUGAAAAAUGUAUAUUUAUAUCAGAUGUUUUUGCCAUUUUCUGAAACUUUUCAAGCACUCAUUCGAAAGGUGUCUUCAGCAAUUCAAGAUUUCUAUAUGUUGGUAAUUAUGAACAAGUUUUUGCAGAGUUUAUCAUUCGAUGUUCAAGUUGAAGAAUGUGGAACAGCUUCAUCUGUAAAACAAGUCAAACGUCCAACUUCACUGAUUCCACCAUCCAAGGUAAUUUAUUUUUCUUAUUCCCAGUAGCUUUUUAGUAAUCCGAAAGUCAAAAAUUUUUUUAGAAAAACAAUUCACUUUUCAGAUUAUUCUAUCAUGACUUUCUAACAAAAAAAACUCAUUUUUCUUGCUACCUAGAAAUACUUCCCAGUGAAAAUUUCUUUGAAAUUGAAUUGAAAUAUUGACCUUUUCGUGAGAUUUUCCAAAAUUCAAUUUUAAAAGACUUUCUGAACAUUUUCCAAUUGAAACAAAUAGUUCGAAGAACAAAAUACUUUUAUUUUUGAAAAAAAUGCAUGAAAAGUGAAACAAAAAUGAAAAACUGUAACAGAAAGCAUAUUUUUACAGCACUCCAACUUGCAUCACAGCUUUAAUGACGCGCUCGGUGUUCCAACAAUCAAUUUGAUCCCCCACACUCCAGUCAAACAUUCUAAUGAUGAUGUAUGUUAUUUUGUCUUAAAACUUUCUGAAACUUCCAGUAUUUAUAGCAAAUCCGUGAAGAUAUCUCACAAUCUUCAAUGUCAACUUCGUGUGCAGAUGAAAUGUCAGAACGAAAUGACAGUUCUUCAGAAGACGAAGAUAAUAAAGAGGAGAAUGACGAUGUUCCAAAGUUAACCAACCUUGAAAAUGGUCUCGAAAAAAUAAUCGAAUCUACACAUAUGUUCGAUAAAACUCCGGAGCAAUUUGCUUUGGAGCAUGAUUUGAUGUUAAUUGAUGUUUCGAAGCAGAACGAGAACGAGGAACAACGUGGCAGAAAACAUAAGAGCAGCACGACAAGCUUGUUUUCAGUGAAUUUGGGAAAAAUGAGAAGUAUGAGAGUUUUCUACUCAAAUUCUGAAUGUACAUCUGGCCAAUUAGUUAUUGCCACGUUAGAUUCUCAUUAUAAGGUUGGAUAAUUAUUUGUGAUGUUGAAUUUCAGAUGUUUUUCAGAUCCUCCAUUUCCAUCACGGCGGAUUGGAUAAACUUGCAUAUAUUUUCGAGCAAUGGUCAGCCAUUAAAGCGAGAAGUGUUCAAGAGGUGAUUUUCCAGUAAACAUUUUCUUUGCAAUGUGUACUUUUAGGGUUCACCAUCUGCAAUUGCCGACAAGCAGCUGAUAAUUUGUCAACCUGCUGUAACAUGUCGUGAAAAAGACCAAGAAGAAGGAUUGUAUGAAAAAUUGAAUAUUCAUUCUUGGCGAAGCUAUGAAAACAAAUUGGGAAUUAUUGAUGAUAGUGCAACUGUUAGAAAGGUUUUAUUUCCGGAUAAUUAGUCUGACUCGUUCAGUUUUUUUCUCUUUUCAGCACAUAUUUUUUGCAUCGAUGGAUAGUGAGAUGAGAGAAAAAGUGUGGCCAUUUUUGCUGCGCGUUUACCCAUGGGAAUCGACGGCUGAACAAAGGGAGACAAUUAAAAAUGAUAUUUUUCUCGAAUACCAAAAUAUUCGAAAGAGGAGGUAGAAUUUGAAUUUUGAGAGAGGAGAAGGGUUUGAAAAUUGGAGAGAAGGGAUCUUUAAAAUUGCCAAAAAAUCUUGGUAUAGUUUUUUUUUUGAAAAAUCAGAGACUCAGAAUCAGCCAAAUUGGAACAAUCUCUAAAAAAUUUUUUUCGAUGUUUGAUAUUAAAAAUCAUCUCCACAGGUGGAUUUUCAUAAAAUUGGUUUUCAAGUUCAAAAUCUUAAAGAUCAAAUAAAUCAAAUAAGACACCAAGAAUUACUCAAUAAAUAUUUCGUUAAUUUUCAGAUACAAAAUUGCUGCGAGCGGUCAAUCUCGCUGGAAUCAUAUUGAAAAUUCAAUAAUCAAAGAUGUUGUCAGAACUGAUCGUAGAAACCCAUUUUUCUACGGUGAUAACAACCCGAAUAUUGAUGUUAUGAAGUGAGAUCUGAUUAUCAUUUUACAAAACCUCAAAUUCAUUUAUUGUUUUUCUAGAAAUAUCCUUCUCAACUAUGCCGCCAUGUAUCCAGAAAUCAACUAUAUUCAAGGAAUGUCUGAUCUUCUAGCCCCACUUCUCAGCACAAUGCGAGAUGAAGUUGAUGCAUAUUGGUGUUUCAAUAGUUUUAUGCAACAGACAGUUUUUUCGUCAACUCCACAGGGAAAUGAGAAUUUGAUGGAGUCAAACUUGGUAAGCUGUUACAAAAAAAAAAGAAAAUUUUCAAAUAAACCUGAAUUUCAGACAUAUCUUCGCAACAUGCUUGAAUUAUUUGUUCCUGAUUUCUAUGAGCAUUUGAAAAAACAAAAAGCUGAUGCUAUGCAAUUGAUGUUUGUUCAUCGUUGGAUUCUUCUUUGUUUCAAACGAGAAUUCUCGGAAAAUCACGCUUUGCAUAUUUGGGAAUGUUGUUGGGCUCAUUAUCGCACUAAUUAUUUUCACCUUUUUUGUUUGUGUCGCAAUUGUUUCCAUUUAUGGGAAAGAUGUUAUAACACAAAAUUUACCACAUGAUGAGAUUUUAUUGUUUUUUGCGUCGCUUGCCAAUCAUAUGGAUGGGCUCUUGGUUUUACAGAAGGUAAUGUGUAUGUCGAAGGCAUUUUCAAAAAAUAGAAUGCUUGAAAUUCAAGCUCUGAAUUGGAAAAAUUGAAAAUUCAAACAUUUUGGAAACAAAGUCAUAUUUUCCAGCCCCCUGAACAUAAUUUAUCAAAUUUCUGAACACCCCGAGUGUUCUAUAAUUUCACAUAACUUCAAUCUAAAAAUCAUCCGAUUCAAAUUUCCGCUUUUCAAUACAUACGAUUUCUCAAUAAUUCGAUCAGAACAUAAAAUAUUAUUUUUGUGCCACAAGAAAUAUCUCCCUGUUUUCUGAAUUAGUUCAUCUUUAUCUAUUUUCCUGAGAAAAUCCUCAACAAAUGUCUGGAUAUCACGCAAUAUUUGAGUAUUUUUCUAGGCUCGCGGACUAUUAUUCGAAUUCACACGACUUGAAAAACUACCAUGUGUACUUGAAGGUCUUUGCUCGGCUGAAGUUGAACAUUGGAACACUCAUAAAUCUUUUCAGAAUUUUUAUUGUAGCCAGGUAUUUAUUUUUAACUUUCUACCAGAUUAAUCACGAGAGUUUAUUUAUUUCAGAAUCAUAUCGAUCACGAAUCUUGCCCUUACCGGUAA